AUGGCCUGUGCAUUUUGGGCCCCUGCUCGGGCCGCGGCAGCCGAUACGUGGAGCCCUCCUUCGCUAGAGUUGGUGGAGAAUGGGCUCGCCACGACAGCAAAGGACGACUUCAACGGCCAUGCAAGAGCGUUCGAGGCCGCCGCAACUUGGAACGGAGAGAGACUCCGUCGCAGUCAAGACGGAACCCGUGCACCGCACCUAUGUUGUGCCGAGUACGGACACGGACGCGAGACCUUCUCGCGGCUGAAGCAGUUCCUGUCGCCCGACGCAGUGCGGGUGGUGUCUCACUCUGAAGACCACGGGGCUUGUUUCCUUGCAACAGCGUCCCAUGCUCAAGCGUCCGCGAUAAUGGAGGACCAGGAGCAGUUCGGGUUGGAAAGCUUUUCGCCUUUUCCGUCAGCGUUGAAACUCGCCCCGGGGCUAGUUGACCACAGCGAAAGCCGCGAAGUGGAAGGGGAACCAAGCAGCGGUCAGGACCGGCUGGGUGCGAGACAUGGGGGAACGAUGCGCAUGUCAAACGUGGAAGGCCUGAACGUCAAGCUUACCCCUGAUACCCUACCGGCACGCUCGGCGGGGGCCGAGUCUUUUAUCAUCGAUCUGCUCGGAGAUCUGAUGUCAGCAUCGGUAGACCUGCACUCGACCAACUUCUGGUCUGACCCGGUUAUGGCGGGGGGAGAACACCUCUCUUCUCACGGGGGCGCUGUACGAGCGAGAGAUUGGAGCAAAGCUGCCAGUGUUGUGCACGAGCUCAGCGAGGCAGCAGGCACGAGCCCUGGAGAUAUCUGUUCGUGGGACGAGGUUGCCUUGAUCCAAGCAGGAGACGAUUCGCUCCUGGUCACAGACUCGAAAUCGGCCCAGUACAUCAGUACCCAGCCGGUUUCCCUCAACUCACUGCUGUAA